AUGUACACCAAUACUUUGGUAUUCCAUUUCCUCAACCACCAGUGGAUUCAUGGAGGUGGAUUCUUUGAGGGAGCUGGGAGUCGUUAUGAUGGUAGUUUUAUUGCCGCAGCCGGAAACGUUAUUGUUGUAACUAUCAACUACAGACUUGGUGUGUUUGGGUUUCUUAGCACUGGUGAUCACAAUGCUCCUGGAAACGCCGGUCUUUGGGAUCAACAUAUGGCUUUGCAGUGGGUUCAUGACCAUAUAAGUAGAUUUGGUGGAGAUAAAGAAAGAGUAAGUAUUGGUGGGGAUUCCGCUGGUGCAAUGAGUGCUAUUCAACAUGGUCUGGACACCCAGAAUAAUGGACUGUUCCAGAGGAUCAUUGCGCAAAGUGGCAGCAUGUCCAUGCCGGUUCAAAAGUUAGAAAGGGACGUGCUGAAGGACGCAAAAGCUAUGGCAAAAAGUUUAGGGUGUGAAACUGAUGCGAUGAAAGAACUGAUGCUCUGCCUAAGGGACAAACCUGUAAAUGACUAUUUAUCAGCAGUAAAACGGCUUGGUUAUACAGUGAAUUUUGGUCCUGCUAUAGACGAUGAUUUAAUCAAAAUCAAUCCAAAACACAUUGCAAAGAUGUCAGAAAGUCAAAGCUUGAAAGUAGUAGAUUUCUUUCGACCGAUGGAUAUUCUAAGUGGCUUUAACGCUUAUGAAGGUGUAUUGUUUUUGCCUUUUGUGAUACCACUGGAUAAAAUAGAAGACUUGAAGCCAACAGAGGCUAACUUCUGGCUAGAUGUGUUUCCGGAUGUUGUAGAAGCUGUACGUAAAGAAGACGGUGAUUGUGUUGAUCCUGUUAGUUCCAGCGCCGCUGAAUAUCCAGUUUAA